AUGGCCACCAUCCAAGAAGUCCUCGACCAGGUCGCUGCGCUGCCCACCGCGCCCAAACCCUACAUCAACCCGUACGCCGGUCACCGCUCUCUCUCCGAACACGAGCAGGAGCUGUUGGGCGAAUAUGCUCGCCUAGCUGACACCAUUCGACGCGUCGCGGCGCUCUCCACGCUCCUCUCGUCGUCCUCUGCGCACGCCAACCUGCUCACACAACUUCGCGUGCUCGAACGCAAGAUGGGGUUGGUGCUCACUCUGUAUAAAGCUUCCGUGUGGGCUACGGUGCAGGAACAGGCCGAGAUGGCCGAGGCAGAGGCAAUGGCAGCGGCUGGUGCGGAUGCAUACGGUAUGGAGAUGGCCAUGGGAUACGGUGCAGAUGCUGCGAAUGGUGCGGGUGGGUACUAUUACGGCGCGAAUGGGAGCGGGGAGGAAGAAGCCGGGGGAGAUGACACUGUCGUGAUGCGUCAACAGGAGUACUAUUGA